AAAGCAACGACAUGCCUGCCAGGAAUACUGCGAGAAUAACAAUAAUGACAACUCUGGUAUAUAGAUAGGAUCAACACAGCUUGGUCGGCCGGGGACACCGGAUCCAUCUUGGCAGGUGGAGCUACGAAGACGCACGGUGCAAAAAAAAAAGGAUUCAAAUCGACGGAUCCGACAAGUGACAUUCAGUGUUGUUUCGUAUGAAGAGCAUCUCGUCCACCACUGAUCCAGGAUGCAGACGGCACCUUGGCCCAAGGGGAAGAAGAUAGUCCACCUGGAUCUGAAAGGCGCCCCUCCGAGGAUCGACUACAUCUACAGGUUGAUUGAACUGUUCGCUCAACUGGGAGCGGAUGGCUUACUGGUGGAAUACGAGGACAUGUUCCCUUACUCAGGGGAGCUGUCACUGCUGCAGGCCACAGCACACCCCGCCUAUAGUCAUGAGGAGGUCUUAUCUAUCCAGGAUGUUGCCAGGUCCAAGGGUCUGGAGGUCAUCCCCCUGGUCCAGACCUUUGGUCACAUGGAGUUUGUGCUGAAGCAGCGGUCCCUGUGGGGCCUCAGAGAGCUCAGCCAGUGCCUGGGGACCCUGAGCCCCCACGGGGAGGGGGGGCCACGGCUGGUCCUGGAGAUGCUGAGGCAGGUGGUGGAGCUGCACCCAGGCCUCAGCACCCUGCACAUCGGGGCGGACGAGGUCUACAUGCUGGGCGAGGGGGAGGAGUCUAAGCGCUGGCUGAGCACCCCUGGACGCACGGUGGAGCAGCUCUUCCUCAGUCACGUGACCAGGGUGGCCGGGGCGGUGAAGGAGGCGUGGCCUCACCUGAGCAUCGUCAUGUGGGACGACAUGCUCAGAGGGAUGAGCCACGACACUCUCAAAGCCAGUGGUCUUGUGGGCCUGAUUCAGCCCAUGCUGUGGGACUACAACCCGGGUCUGAACGUGGAGGAAACGGUGUCCCUGCUGGAGAAGUACUGCGCUGCGGGGCUCACGGACCUGUGGGCGGCCAGCGCCUUCAAGGGCGCCAGUGGUGUGCACACCAGCGUGCCCGGCACCCAGCGCCACGUCGACAACCACCUGCAGUGGCUCCGGGUGGCGGGGGCCGUCUCCCCGGGGGUCCGCCUGCUGGGCAUCGCCCUCACGGGCUGGCAGAGGUACGACCACAUGUCCGUCCUGUGUGAGCUGAUGCCGCUGGCGUUGCCCUCGCUGGCCUCCUGCCUCCAGACCCUCAUCCAGGGACACUUCGGGCCCCAGGUCCAGGCAGCCGUGACCGGGGCCCUGGACAUCUCCUCCGUUGAGAUGGAUACCUUAGACAGGACCCCCGCGGAGGACUCUCUCUUCGCCGGGCGGAGGCUCGCGGUCUCCGUCGUGGAGCUGUCCCAGCUGCUGAACUCGGAGGACGUGCGCCACUUUGAGAGCAGCAUGUAUGUGAGAGGAUGGUUCAGCCCCUACCACCGCCAGAGACGGGCCAUCAACCCCCUCAUCUGCAUGCAGAUCCAGAGCCAAGCCACCACGCUGCUGACCAUGCUGGAGGAGCGGGCGGGUGUGGCCAGGGUGGAGAUGGAGCGCCUGUACCCGGACUCCACCGCCCAGGAGUGGAUGGAGCAGCACCUCAGCCCCGUGGCCGAGCCGCUGCGCCGCAUCACAGAGGAGAUCAGCGUCUGUCUGCCGGAGAUGGUGCCGCAGCAGUGAGCGAGGUCACAAAGGCCCCCUCAUGGCCCCAGGCUGGCCCUCCUCUGGCCCCCAUGCUGCCCCCUCCACUGGCCCCCCUGCUGGCCCCAUGCUGGCCCCCCUGGCUGCAGCAUAGACGUUCUGGAGGCUGAGUUCUGCUGUGUGCCCGGGACACACUCAUGUUUUUAAGCUGCACUGGGGAAAUAGAGCAGCAUGAUUAAACAUGUUGCUCCCAUGCCCACACACGUUGAACUAAAUCGUCAUCAUUAUUAUUAUCUGCAUCAUAGUCACUAUCAUCUGCAUCAUUAUCGUCAUCUGCAUUGUCGUCAUCGGUGAAGUGAAAGGAGAUCUUUUAUUUAAAAAAACGUUUUAUUGACAGUAAAAAAUGUAAAAUCAA